AUGAUACUCAAGAAAAACCACAAGAAAUGGGUAGCUCCUGAAAAUAAAGAUUCUUAUAAGGAAUGUACAGCCUCAAAUCUAAAUUAUGAAAAUACUACUACGAUAGACGAAAUAUACGAAAACAUCAAAGAGGCCACUCAAACGGCUAUCGAAAAAUUUUGUCCCAAAAAAGUAAAAGAACAAAAACUGAAUCAAAGAACAAAACUUUUAAUGAAACAGAGAAGAGAUAUGGAGGACAAGAGUACACAAGAAUAUAGAACUUUAAACAGAGAGAUAUCCAAAGAAAUCAGAAAGCAUAGGAGGCAACAGGAUACGGAAAAAAUUAGGAACGUCAUAGAGAAGAAUCAAAGUUUGAAGGUAAUGAGAAAUAGUACAAUGGGAAGAAAAGAAAUACAAAAGAUCAAAGAUAUGCACGGCAACAUAGUAACACACAAACAGGAAAUCCUACACUCUACUAAACUUUUCUAUCAAGAACUUUACACAUCAAAACAGCAGGGGAUCAAAACCGACAUCCGAAAGGUAAUAAAUCAGGGGUCGGAAGAAAUUCCAGAAAUAAUCGAGGAAGAAAUUAUCAGUGCCCUUAUAGAUAUGAAAAACAAUAGAGCUGCCGGCGACGAUGGGCUGGUAAUAGAGUCAAUCAAAGAAGGAGGACCAGAAAUCAUCAAAGCUUUAAAUGUCCUAUUUAAUAAAUGCAUUGAAGAAGAAAUAACCCCAUCACAGUGGAACAACGCAACCAUCAUUAUUGUACACAAGAAAGGUGACGUUACAGACCUUAAAAACUAUAGGCCCAUCAGCCUUCUUAUCCACGUAUACAAAUUAUUUACUAAAAUACUAACCAAGCGUUUGACAAAUAAAAUAGACAUUUUUCUUUCGAGCGAACAAGCAGGUUUCCGAUCAGGUUACGGAACAAAUUACCAUCUUCUGACAGUCAAGGUCCUUAUCGAGAAAUGCAUUGAGUAUAAUAGACCACUAAUGCUUGUCUUCGUGGAUUUCGAGAAGGCCUUCGAUUCGGUAGACCAGUGGAAGCUUCUAGAGACACUAAGUGAGAGUCGCAUCGAUCAUCGAUACUCCUCAAUCAUAAGACAUAGAUAUGAUAAUGUCACGACAAACGUCAGAAUAUCGACAAAUCAAUGCACAGACAAAUUCAAUAUCGAUCGAGGGAAUGCCACUCUAUCUAAAGAACAUUCCAGUAAUGUGUACUACCAGUCAUGGCCUAUGCAUUGGACACUUAAAACGGACAUCAUAAGGAAACUGCAGGUAGCACAACACUUAAUGGAACGAAAUAUGUUGGGAACUGGGGAUAACCAAGAGAGACCGUAA